CCAACGCAGCGAAGCUUGCAUUACUUGAGAGCCUUCAAUUGGCAUCUUUUGUAAGCUUACGAUGAUGCAAGAAUCAUAGCAAUCUAUCCAACCUCAGCAAGACUGGAAUAGAAGAGUGCAGGGCACACAAGGAACUGUCUAUAUGUUAUGUCAAGCUCAUGCGUUAGUGCCCAUCACAUUGCAAGCACCCGAUCAGAGUCUGACAUGGGAACGAGGCGGCAACCCAGUGUUGGGCAGCGUGCUUACCAUGAUUUCGUCCCUCCCCACAGGUUGAUUCAAGAGGAAGAGGCGGAUACGAUCGUCGUUUCUCUCGAAGGCUUCGUGAAGGAGGAACUCAACGUACAACUCGACAGCGAGGGGAGAGUAGUUGUCAGCGGACAGCGUCCCACGAUGGACGGCCGGUGGAGCCGCUUCCGCAAGGAAUUCCGAGUGCCGGAGAACUGCGUCCUCGACAAGAUCAGUGCCAAGUUCGAGAACGGACUUCUUCAUCUUGUCUUCCCCAAGUCCAUCACCAAACUUUCUCCGCCAGACGACGGCAGCAUCAGGAAACAAGGUGGGGAGGAGGAGAAUGAGAAGGUUGGGAAACAAGAGAAGGAUCAGGUCAAGGAGGAUAAACCAGGGGAUGGCGAGAAGAAAGCAGCAGCUCGGGCGGCUAGCCGUGGUGUUGGAUUAAGGCUGAGGAAGAUGAACCUUGAGAUGGGCGGACUGGAACGUGAACUGCGCGACACCAGGAAGGGGCUCAUGCUGGCUUUGGCUGUGGCUGCUGUGGUUUCAGUCGGGGUGGGAUUGUAUCUGAAUCAUAAGCUCACUUCCGCACACACAAUUAAUAUAUAG